CCUUCGGCACCGUUUCCGGCUUCCGGUUGCUCGUGGGAACGGCGUCGGCCUCUGGUGGGUUGGAUUCCCGUUUUCCUCGGUCUUGCGGUUCUUCACGCUGCUCAGCCCGAACAGUACGAGGUUUCGACUGGGGGAUGUCGAGGCUUUGAGAAACGUUUCUCUUCAUCUGUCACCUGCACAAGUACACCGGCUUCUCCCUCGCUGUGUGUAAACACAACAAGCAGUUUUACGCUAUUUGAACAUUUUAACUCAGACAUGGAUAUCAGACCAAAUCAUACAAUUUAUAUUAAUAAUAUGAAUGACAAAAUUAAAAAAGAAGAAUUGAAGAGAUCCCUGUAUGCCCUAUUUUCUCAGUUUGGCCAUGUGGUAGAUAUUGUGGCUUUAAAGACCAUGAAGAUGAGAGGGCAGGCCUUUGUUAUUUUUAAGGAACUGGGCUCAUCCACAAAUGCUUUGAGACAGUUACAAGGAUUUCCAUUUUAUGGUAAACCAAUGCGAAUCCAGUAUGCAAAAACAGAUUCUGAUAUAAUAUCCAAGAUGCGUGGCACAUUUGCUGACAAAGAAAAGAAAAAAGAAAAGAAGAAAGCCAAAACUGUGGAACAGGCUGCAGCAGCUGCUAACAAAAAGCCCGGUCAGGUAACACCAAAUUCAGCUAAUAACCAAGCAAAUUCAACACCAAAUCCUCAGGUCCCUGAUUACCCUCCAAACUAUAUUUUAUUCCUUAAUAACUUACCAGAAGAGACUAAUGAGAUGAUGUUAUCCAUGCUGUUUAAUCAGUUCCCUGGUUUUAAGGAAGUACGUUUGGUACCCGGGAGGCAUGACAUUGCUUUCGUUGAAUUUGAAAAUGAUGGGCAGGCUGGAGCCGCCAGGGAUGCUUUACAAGGGUUUAAGAUCACACCAUCCCAUGCCAUGAAGAUCACCUAUGCCAAGAAAUAAUGUGUGGGAUAGUCACCUCUCAAGGACGUGGCUUUAUUUAUAGUGUUUGUGUUGGUAACAUUAUGGGAGGGAGUGAGAUUUUUGUGAAAGACUUAAAAAAAUAAUGUAGUCUUUCUUUAGCCUUAGUGAACUCUGAAAUAUGAAUGCCUUAAUUUUGUAUAAUAAACUUUUAUUUGUAUUCUGUAUACAUAAUGCUUUGUUUAUUGGCCCGUUGACCUAUCAUCAAACAUUUAUUCCGGUCUAGAUCACUUUUUACGGUCUAUAAAACUCUGUAAUAGCAUGCUUUUCUGGUAGUAUUUGGAACAGCUAAUGUUUUAGCAACAUUAAACCAUUUUAAUAAAAGUUAUGGAGAGU